AUGGGUACCCGGGGCCUCCUAGGAUUCAUCAUCGGCGCACAGCGCCACGCCGCCUACAACCACUACGACUCCUACCCCGAAGCUCUCGGCGAGCAGAUCGUCGCGUUCCUGCUCAGUCUCAAAGGGCCUGAGGAUUACAACAAGAUGGCCGGGCUCGUUCGGAAAAUCACCUGGGUAGACGAACGUUCGACCCCUCCCCCCGAGCUCCAACGCAAGUACUCCGAACUGGGUUUCUCCAACCUCCAAGUCGGAAACGAGAGCCUCGAGGACUGGUACUGCCUCCUGCACAAGAUGCAAGGCGCAGCAGCCCUGCCCGCGAUCCAGAGCGGUGAUUUGGUGCACCUGGCCGAAAGCAUCGACUUCCUCAAAGACAGCCUCUUCUGCGAGUGGGCGUAUUUCAUCGACUUUGAGAACCAGAUAUUCGAGACGUGGGGCUCUGGGAAGAAGCUUGACGAAGUGACGUUUCGGGUCCUUGUGGAGAAGGGCCAGGACUACUGGAAUACGUUAAAUAGCGAUGUGACGACGCCUCGAAUGACACCGGCGAGUUGGAGUAGGAUCAUUGUUCAAAUUGUCAACCAAAAUCCACCGACGCACGCACAGUUCUUAGGAAACAGGAAAGUCGCCAACGUGCAGCGAUCAUAUAGGGUGCUGGUGGACAGCAACGUUCGUCCAAACCAUGACCCAGAGAGCUCGUCCGAAUGGGCGGUCCAUCACAAUGGGCAGAAUAUGUCGGCGAUUACUCACCGCUCGCCCGAAAUUACAUGA